AUGUUGGUUAAAGACGUUGAUCAAGAAGCUAUAUUCAUUGGCUGUAAUAAACAAUCGUAUGUCUCUGAUUUUAAUGAUAACGCCAAACUAGUUGCUUUUGGCGCUUGCAAUACUGUCGCUCUAUGGCAUCCAGUAACAGCUGAUAAGAAAGGGGUUUAUUUUACUCUCAAGAAGCAUUCAAAAGAAGUGACAGGCGUUCGCUUUAUCCCUGAAAGUGACUUUUUAGUUUCAGUAGGAGAAGAUGGCGAAGUCAAUAUUUGGAAAAAAAAAGGAGAUAUAUAUGAGUUGCAUCAAUCUCUAAAAGUAAAUGAACAUUCAAUUACUUGUCUUUCUGUUCAAAAUAAGGACGUUUUUUUAACUGGAGGGUCUGAUGGCCGGGUUUGCUUAUGGGUAUUGAAUAAAGAAACGCAAGAAUACUUCCUUUUACAAGAUUUCGAAGUCAAACUUAAUUUUUAUCCAACAACAUUGGCUCUUCAAAGCAUUGUAGAUGGCCACUAUACUCUCGCUGUCGGUGGGACAUCUUCUUUGAUCUUUGUUUAUUCAUUUGUCUUAUCUAAUUCGAAUGAAAUGGUAGCCUUUGAGAAGGCAGCUGAGUUGAGUGGUCACGAAGACUGGAUUAAAUGUCUUACUUUCGCUACAGAAGCUGAAAAUGAAUCGUAUAUCUUAGCAAGCGGAUCUCAGGAUAGAUAUAUAAGGCUAUGGAGACUUAAUUUAGGUGAUUCGAUAGAUGAUUCUGAUGAAGACGAUUCAAAAUUAAUUCUUUUAUCUAACAAGCAAUAUAAAUUUCAUAUCGGAUCAAUUAGAGCAGCUUUCAGCUUUGAUGCUUUGAUUAUGGGUCAUGAUGACUGGGUUACUUGUUUAAAGUGGCAUCCUUCAUAUACAUUUCACAGAGGACAGAAGACUUUACAGUUACUUUCUUGCAGUGCGGACACAAGCCUUAUGAUUUGGGAAAUGGACAAACUAUCAGGUAUUUGGUGCUGUGUCUCUAGACUAGGAGAAUUAUCAAUCAAAGGAGCAUCAACUGCAACAGGAGCCUCCGGAGGUUUUUGGUCAUGUUUAUGGUUCAGUGAUCAGGACACAAAAUCGCAAUACAUACUAGCAAAUGGCAAGACUGGUUCAUUCCGAGUUUAUGAGUCAGUUGAUGGCAAGUCAUUUAAUCCAGCCUUGGGUAUCACAGGAGCAAUCAGAGAUGUGACAGAUGUGAUAUGGGCUAAUGGUGGUCGAACUCUAAUGGCUACAUCUUUAGAUCAAACAACACGAUUAUUUGCUCCGUGGUCCGAAGGAAGAAGUCAUAGAUCAUGGCAUGAGUUUUCGCGGCCACAAAUUCAUGGAUAUGAUAUGAUUUGUCUCGAUAGUAUUUCGCCAGUGAAGUUCGUUUCCGGUGGUGAUGAGAAAAUAUUGCGAGUAUUUGAAGUCACGCUGUCGGUUUGUAAGCAGUUGAAGACCCUCAGUGGUAUUGAUAUUUCAUCAGAAAACAAUGAAGAGAGACUUCCAGGGUUUGCCUCGUUACCUGUGUUAGGCUUAUCUAAUAAAGCAGAAUCUGUGGUGGAACAAUCAGAAACGAGCUCUCCAGAUUUAGAGAAUACCACUGAUUAUCAAGAAAAUGAAGAAGAGCUUUCAGCUCUUACAAGUCCGCCUUUGGAAGAUCACUUGCAAAGAUUUACCUUAUAUCCUGAGAUUGAAAAGUUAUACGGACAUGGAUACGAAAUGACUUGUUGCUGUACAAAUCCUGGUGGUACAUUGAUUGCAUCCGCAUGCAAGUCAAAUUCGGCAAAACAUGCUGUAAUAAGAAUAUUUAAAGUGAAAGAUGACUAUCAACAAUGCAAUCAAACUUUGAGUGGUCAUAAUUUGACAGUAACAAGUAUGGAAUUUUCCGACAAUGGAAAAUACUUACUUGCUGUUUCUCGUGAUAGACAGUACAGCUUAUGGGAAGUUGCUGACGAAUCGUCAGGAUCCUUUAGGCUAAUAGAACUUAACGAAAGAGCUCACAGCAGAAUAAUUUGGGACUGCUCAUGGGUUCCCUGUAACCCCUAUGGAACAUUUUUUUUAACGGCCUCCCGUGACAAACAAGUGAAACUAUGGAGUCUCGAUACGAAUGUUGUUCUGGAAGGAAGUGUAAAGCUUCAUCACCCCGUGACCUCCAUUUCCUGUUAUCUUUCUACGAGGACAAAUGGAAUCUUAAUAAUUGCUGCUGGUUUAGAAAAUGGUGAUAUUGUUAUAAUCUCUUCUGAUCUACGUGAAAAAAAUUUAAAAACCAUCUGCACUUUUGAUCCGUCAAUAAAUCCGGCAAGUCGCAUCAACAAAUUAGCUUUAAGUCUGCAUCUUUCAAAUAAUUCGCAACUUUUACUUGGUGUUGGGAGUAGUGACUCAUCUACACGCAUUUAUAGCCUAAAUUUCAAAGAUAUAUAG